GGGUGUCGUGGGGGGCGACGACCAGGUCGCAGCCUGCCCCGCGGACCCCGGCCGCCUGGCGAGGGGGAGGCGACCUGGUCGGAGCGGGUCCCUGGGAGAGGUGCGCAGCGCCGGGGGACCCCUGGCGCAGAGGAGGCGACGACCGACGCGGAGCGGGCCGGAGUCGCGGGUUCUGUCCGCUGAGGUUCCCCGGGGUCCUCGGUAGGCGAACGGCUGUGCUGCUCCGCGGCGGACUUUCCAGGUGCCCGCGCCCCGCCUUCGACGGUGCCUGUGCGGGGCGAGGGCUGUGAGGGAGGCUGCUGCGGGAGAAAUGGCGGAGGGGAUCUGGGAUGAGGAGGCCUCCGGUUUCGGGGUGGUGGUGGUGGUGCGAGCUGAGUGCAGAAGUGGGGGGGGGCAGGGGCGGCGGCUGUCCCCGGCCCUGGUUCUGCAAAGGGGCCAGUGGGGCCCCGCGUCCCGGGUGCUGUCCCUUCCCACAGGCACCUUUCUGAUGCCAGAGUCUCCAAUCUGCGCGGUAGCUCUGGCACAUUCGGCGUAAGCGGAACUGAGCAGGUAAAUUAUGAAGACAUGAAAACGACAAAUUUAUGUGCCUCGUAAUACAGCAGUUUUAUUGUCCUCCAUGUUUAGAUCUUGUACCCAAUUAAAUGAAAGCAAAUGACAGGGUGAGGAAUUAAUUGAUUUUCCAAGAAGGAUCCAUGUAAAUAAAUAAUGUGGUAUUCCUCUUUUGGAAUCUGUUUUCUCAACAUCCUAGCCCCUUAACAUGUUGAGUUGUGGGAAUGGCUCUUCAGAAUAGAGAAGAAAAUUUUCUGAAGGGUCAAUUUAGAACUCUUGACGUUAAUCUCUGAAAACCCAAACCUCAUAUACCCCUUAGCCCCUCUCAUUUUGGUGGAGAAGCAGUCACACAGAAGAUUUUGUGGAGUCCCCGAAGGAUGAUAUCUGAGAAUUUGUGAGAAGUGGGACACAUUUAUUUACUUAUUUCCUGACUCUUGAAAAGGAGGUUUUAGGACCUGAAUUCUGGGAAUCUGUCCAUUAACCUGAUAUUUUUCUGCCAUCGUCAACAUAUUCUCUUGGCAUUUUGCUGAAUCCCCUCUUUCUGUAGGGUUUGACUCUUCUCCAGUUAGUGGAUUGUUCUGUGGUGGGAAAAAUAGCACCUCCUGAGGACUCCUGCUAUAUAGGCUGGCCGGCCUAGGUGGUGAAUGAGGUUUGUUCCUUUAUAGAGGCCUGUAGAAAACUGCACAUAGCUGAUCACUUUGACUUUGAUUAAGAGGACGAAAGCUAUUCAUUUGGGUCCAAGGUUUGCCUGUGAGUUGGCUGUAAGAGUUAUCAAUACUGGAAGCAAGAAAGGGGGAGAAAAUUGCGCCAGAUCAGUGCAGGUCUCUCUGCUGUGGUGGCUCUGCUGGCUUUGGAGUGGCAGAAGAUCAUCACCUUCAACCCAGCAAAAGAGUAUUAAGACAGUGACCUGGGACACAUUGAGAAUCAAGGCCAAGACUGUAUAGAGCUAUCUGUAUAACUGGGCUUCAACCAUGACUGGGGUUAAGAAUGCGAGUAAAAAGAAUAGAAGUAGGAAAAAUGAGAAUAAAAAGAAGGCCAAAACUGAAAAAAGGGCUGUUGUAGAAGCUGAAGCAAAGAAGGAGGCUACAGGUGUAGUCAGAUCUGUACCCAAGACCCAGGCCAAAGCAGUAGCCAAGGCAAGAGAUGAAGAUGCAGUGGCAGAGAUGAAGGCAGCAUCUAAGAACAAGGUUGUUAGUGAGAUGAAGGAAGGAGUCUUGGCAGAUAUCAAUCCUAAAGCUGAAGAUGAAGCAACUAGAUCUUCUUGUUCUGUAGUUAAGGCUAGUGCUGAAUCCAGGUCUACACGUAAAGAUAAGACUGGUAUUGAUACCCAGCCCCGGGCUGGGGAAGAGGCCAGUGUUGGUUCCUCAUCCCAGAAUGGAGGAGAAGCUAGUAAUGGUUUCAGUGCUAAGGAUGAAGGUAAAGCUGAUACUGGGCCCCUGUCCUGUGCUGAGAAGUUAGAGCCUGUGGCUGGGGCCACCUGCAAGGCUAAGCCAGGGGCUGAGGAGGAGGAGGAAGAAAACGUUAUUGGGAACUGGUUUUGGGAUGGCGAUGAAACUAGUUUUGACCCUAACCCUAGACCUGUGAGCAGGAUUAUUAAGCCCCAGCCUGUGGAUGAAAUUAAUGAAAAAGAUAGGCCCAAGGACUGGUCUGAGGUAACUAUCUGGCCCAAAGCCCCUGCUGUAACUCCAGCAGUGUUAGGCUUUAGAUCCCAAGCCCAAUUUGAAGCAAAGCCUCCUUCAUAUAUUGUCCUGGCCUCAGCUGAGGAAAACACCCACUCUUUGCCUGCGGCCACAGCGGGCCCUUCUAGGAGCACUGCCUCAUGCUCACAGUCUGUCCCCGAGUACCCAUUUGGUUCUGACCCUUGCAUCCAGACCAUAGAGGAGAUUAGACGCCAAAUCAGGAUCAGGGAGGUGAAUGGGAUUAAGCCAUUUGCUUGCCCUUGCAAAAUGGAAUGCUACAUGGAUUCUGAGGAGUUUGAAAAACUUGUUACCUUACUUAAGUCAACUACUGAUCCUCUCAUUCAUAAAAUAGCUCAAAUUGCAAUGGGGAUCAUUAAUGUUCAUCCGUUUGCCCAAGAGUUCAUUAAUGAAGUGGGUGUAGUGACACUUAUUGAAAGCUUGCUCAGUUUUCCUUCCUCUGAAAUGAGAAAAAAGGCUGUAAUUACUCUGAAUACCCCCUCUGGGGAUGAAAGGCAACGCAAGGUUGAAUUACACGUUAAGCACAUGUGUAAGGAAACCAUGUCUUUUCCUUUGAACUCACCUGGACAGCAAUCUGGAUUAAAGAUACUAGGGCAACUGACUACUGAUUCUAACCAUCACCACAUUGUUGCCAAUUACUUUUCAGAGCUUUUCAAUUUGCUGUCCCUGGGAAAUCGUAAAACCAGAAAUCUUGUUUUGAAAGUACUUUUGAAUAUGUCUGAAAAUCCAACUGCAGCCAGGGACAUGAUCAAUACAAAGGCAUUAGCAGCAUUAAAACUCAUCUUUAACCAGAAAGAGGCAAAAGCCAAUCUCGUUAGCGCUGUGGCCAUAUUUAUCAACAUAAAGGAACAUAUCAGAAAGGGCUCGAUUGUAGUUGUUGAUCACUUGAGUUAUAAUACACUCAUGGCCAUUUUCCGUGAAGUUAAAGUGAUUAUUGAAACAAUGUAAAAUGAGCUAGAAAUAAGAGCGAUCCCAUUCAGCAAUCUCCAAACUAAAAGGCUGUUUGUUUCCAAAGAAUCACGCAUAAUGUUUUGAUUAUUGCAGUGUGUGAUGUGCAUUAUAAAUUAUGUCUUCAACGCAGUAUUACCUGUGACAGUCUAGGUCUGAGCUAGACCAUUUGGGGGUAUCAAAUUAAUAUUUCAUUGUGAGUUGAAAACAUCUGUUAUUGUCUUGUGUGAAUGGGGUGCUUUUUAACAUUUUAAGAAGAUAGCAAACUGGUGGGUGCAUCGUAAGUAAGCUGACUUAUUCAUUAGUAUCUGCUUAGAUCCAUUUGUGGCUUCAAGUGGUUAAAGUGGUUAAAAUAUUCAAAGAAAAUAUCUAGUUAUAAUCUAGUUGCAGAAAUAAGGCAUAUCUAUACAAAAAGAUAUCUAAUAGUACACAUAUAUUCGUGUAUAUAUGUAUACACAUACACACUCAUUGCUAAAUGUGCACUCUCAGUAUGUAAAGAAGGCAGGGCUGCUACAGGUUGUUUAAUGUAAAAGGAAUUAAUGUUUUCCCCCUAUUCUACCUGCAUCAGAUAACUCAUUCUACAACACACAAAUGGCCCUGAAUCUCAGAUAAAAUGUAAUAUUUAUUUUUUAUUUUGCUGCUGCGUUUAUAACUCUUACAUUGUUAGGCAAUUUCAUCUAUGUCAAGUUUCAUCUUGUAAAAGAGAGAGGAGUUAGGUAUAGUGAGGAAACAUUUCCUGAGUACCUACUCUUAAGUGAGAUACUGUUGUGAUGGCACUGUAUUUGAUAGGUUUCCUCUUCUCAACAAUGGUCCUCCAAGUUAGGUACUGGUAUUUUUUUUAAUGAUGAUAACUCAUUGUACUGAAUUACCUCCAGUGAGAAUUAAGGAGGUUAAAUACUUUGUCCUAGCUUCCCACAGCAGGCAGGUGGCAUAGCUGUUUUGUCAGAUACCAAAAUCCACUCUCAUUACCCUACCUUAUGGUUCUCUCCCACUUUUUUACGUGGUAGCCUUCGAAGCUCACACACUGGUUUUAACAAUUCAGUUUUGCUGUAGAAAAUGUCCCUGCCAGUCUUGGAAGUCUUAACUUCCUCUAAAUGCACAUGUCCAUUAGGCAUUUGGCUAUGCCUUGCUGGGAGUCAGAAGAAAAGUCUGGGAUGAGUUAUGGAUUUUAAUUGGCAGUGUCUGGGAAACAGUAGGUACCCAAAACUGCUGAAUGAAUGAGAUGUGGAUUUGGUGUCAAACAACUGAAAUUUGUUAUAUAUUCUUCCUAAUCUGUAUGUACUUUUUCCCCAAAGAACUGGAAUCAUUAUGUACAUUGUUUCAUACCAUACACUUAAAAAACAAUUGCUUUCUUCCUCCUUGCAAAACCAUACCUUAAUUUGUUUACCCUUUGUAAUUUAUUCUUCUCUGUGUCAUAUGAAAAGCUAAAAAUUUCUGUCUUUUACUGGUAGGCAAGCCUGCUCUCUGCAUUUGUACCAGCCAAAUCUGUACUGGAUAAACUUAACUGGGGGAAAUUGGGCCCAGAACUGCAGCUUCAGCAACACAAAACAGGAAAGCUAGGAGAGAAGCUGCUGCCUCAAUCUAGGGACCUUUGGGCUAUAGCUGUGUUUUCUGACUAAUGGUAGGAAUUAUAACCCCUAAUCUAGGCUAAGAGAAUGUCCAAGUGUGUAAAAAUAUUGGGUUGUAUGCUUUGAGAUUUUUAAGCAGUUAAGAAACUAAAAUAAGAUCAUAUUGUAAGUACUGUUUUUGUGACUUGCCUUUCUCCUCACCAACUGUAUUUUGUGACUAUCUUUUCAUGUCAAUAAAUAGGCUUCUGCAAAUA